AUGUCUGAAUCGCCUAGGUCAGAGAAGUAUAUGUGCCUGACUAGGUUCAGCACUCCGGUCCCUGAACUGGAUGACCAUCGGUUUCAGUUGGAUCACCCUCGCAUUGAAGCUGCGCCAGAUCUCUCUCUUAGCGGCCAAAACCCCGCCCAACAAGGCAUAAUAUUAGAGACACCUCAGCGACAAGAUUUGCUACAUGUUCAGGAUGCUCUUCGAGAAGGUUCCUACUCCCGAGAUUUUGAACAAGCGAUAGUGGAUGAUGACCGGUCGGCUAAGGAUAUUGCCGGUCUGGGACGACGAUUUUCAAUUGAACCAACUGGGACUACCCGGCAUGCUCGAACGUUCAGUCGUACGCAUCAGGAUCUGGCAAAUAUGUCGAGGCAAUCAUCUGUUUCGGCCCGGUCAACAUCUCCGCCGAACUCGGUCGAAGCUUUUGCGGAUCCCCGUCGCCGUGAGCGUGCGAAUACUUUGGAAAGCCAUGCUGCCCCAGAUCUAGAGGCUAUUCUCCAACGGACUGUAUCCGGCGGCACUCAUCCCCGAUGUCCAACCUUUAGCAACGCAAGUGCUGUUAGACCUCAGCCGGGUGAUAUACAGUUAGAUUCGACUGAUGACACAUGUGUUCCAUCCUUUGAGCAACCGGGGCGCAUCCCUGUCAUUGACUAUGAAGAGUUGGAGGAAUUUGUGGCUCUGAAUCAGAAGUCGAAGCCUAUCACAGAUAGACGCAAGCAUAGCCUAAGCUCCCAAAGUCGGAAGCCACGUAUUUUUUACGAUCUUCGCCCGGGGGCCCAGAAGCCCGAUGUGAAUGAAAUGGAGCGUUCUUCCAGCACUUGCCAAUCCUCAGAUGACGCGAUGGACCCUGAUUUUAAGGGUAAUGAAAAAUGCUUUGAUGAUUCCAUUAAUGAGAAACAGUUGCUCGAGAACCUUAAGAACGAAAAUGAGCCUUCCCGGUUUGGAUUCUUUUCAUCCGAGUCGCAGAGCACAGUGCAUGCCGCGGAACUAGGUGAUCUGGUUUUACCUGGAGACACAUUUCGGGACCUUUUUCAGUUAGGCCCAGAUGGAGGUGUCUGGUGGCUAGACGUAUUGAAUCCUACUGAGGCAGAAGUGGGGGCUCUCUCAAGGGCUUUCUCUAUACAUCCUCUGACAACAGAGGAUAUUUUGACCCAGGAGGCUCGUGAGAAAGUGGAGCUGUUCAAGCAAUAUUAUUUUGUUUGCUUCCGGACAUUUUACCAAAUGGACAAAACCAGCGAACAAUUUAUGGAACCCGUGAAUUUUUACAUGGUCGUCUUCCGUGACGGGGUGCUAUCAUUUUCCUUUACCGACAACCCACAUGCGUCGAGCGUUCGGAAGAGAAUCGGAAAGCUUCGUGAUUAUGUGUCGCUUAGUAGUGAUUGGAUCUGCUAUGCCAUGAUUGAUGAUAUCGUGGAUAGUUUCGGUCCCGUGAUUCGAGAAAUCGAAGUUGAAUCCGAAGCCAUUGAAGACCUCGUCUUUAUUGCGCGCAUGGACGAUUUUGAAUCUUUCUUGCCGAGAAUUGGUGGUCUGCGCAAGAAAGUCAUGAGCUUGAUGCGCCUCUUGGGCGGUAAAGCGGAUGUGAUCCGAGGAUUUUCCAAGCGCUGCAAUGAGCAGUAUUCGGUGACACCGCGGGGCGACAUUGGCCUUUACCUGGGUGACAUUCAAGACCACGUAGUGACAAUGAUGUCGAACUUGGCACAUUUCGAGAAAAUGCUCAGCCGCUCGCAUACGAACUAUUUGGCGCAAUUGAAUGUGACAAACCUGGUCCUCGGGAAUCACGUCAACAAAGUUCUGAGCAAGGUAACGCUGAUUGCCACCAUGCUAGUCCCUAUGAACUUGAUCUGUGGUUUGUUUGGGAUGAACGUCAAUGUUCCUGGGCAGGAUACCCCGGGCCUGGGAUGGUUCUUCGGCAUCCUCGGUGUCAUUGCGGCCGUGAUCAUCCUUAGUGGCAUUGCGGCUCGUUUUUAUAAGCUCGUUUAG